UAAAAAUGUAAACAUUAAAUCCAUCAAAUUUAAAUUUGGUAUUCACAAUAAGUUAUAUCACCCCUAGGUUCUGAGUUACUAACACCACUAUAUAUAUACCUGAAUCUCUCCGUAGUUUCUUCCCUCAGAAAAGCAAGAAGAAAAAAUGGCAGAAGAGUCCAUAAACAACCAUGAAACAAGAAAGUAUGCAGUAGUUACAGGGGGAAACAAAGGAAUAGGAUAUGAGAUUUGCAGGCAACUAAUGAAGAAAGGAGUGAUGGUAGUGUUAACAGCUAGAGAUGAGAAAAGAGGAAAAGAAGCUGUUGAAAAGCUGAUGAGAGAGGGCAGCUUAGAUCAGAAUCUUGUUGUUUUUCAUCAAGUUGAUGUUGUGGAUCCAGCUAGUGUUUCCUCUCUUGUUGACUUCAUCAAAUCUAAAUAUGGAAAGCUUGAUAUUCUGGUAAAUAAUGCAGGAAUUAAUGGACUAAUGAUUGAGGGAGAUGUAACAAUCCUUCCAGAGCUAAUAGAAAGAGAUGCUGCUCGAGCUUUAAGCAUUACAACUGAGGAGGGUGAAGCUCCAAUCAAGUCAAAUGGAAAACUCAUAGAGACUUUUGAAUGGGCAGAAGAAUGUGUAACCACUAAUUAUUAUGGAGCAAAAAGAAUGAUUGAAGCCUUUAUUCCGCUACUCCUCUUGUCUCCUUUACCAAGGAUUGUUAAUAUUUCUUCAUUGCUUGGAAAAAUUAAGCUGGUAUCAAAUGAAUGGGCCAUAAAAGCUUUAAGUGAUGGGGAAGGCCUUACAACAGAAAAAGUGGAUGAAGUAUUGAAUAAAUUUCUUGUGGACUUCAAGGAGGGUUUAUUAGAAGAAAAGGGUUGGCCCACUGAUAUGGCAGCUUAUAAACUCUCAAAAGCUGCCUUGAAUGCAUACACAAGAAUUGUGGCCCAAAAGUAUUCUUCUAUAUGUGUCAACUGUAUUUGUCCGGGCUAUACGAAGACAGAUAUUACUUGUAAUACUGGGCCUUUGACUCCAGAAGAAGCUACUGAAAGCCCAGUAAUUCUGGCCCUUUUGCCUGAAGGUGGGCCUUCGGGCCAGUUCUUUUUCCGGAAGAACGUCCUGGCAACAUUCUGAAAAGCAAAAAGCCCAAUUUAAGUGUGUGUGAAGCUAGCCGAAGGUCUAUUGGAAACAAUUUCUCUAUCCUCACAGGCCAUGGUAAGGUCUUCGUACACAUUACUCAUCUCGGACCCCACGGUGUGGGAUAAUACUAGGUAUGUUGUUGUUGUUGUUGAAGCUACUUGGAUAAACAUCGCAUGAACUUGUAAUAAGUAUUAUAUUUAUAGAACAAAGAAGUGGUUCUGAAAUUUCUGUGGAGUAAACAAUUGAAGUUAAAUGAGGUUUCUUUGUUUUGGGUUUCA